GUUGCAGAUAAAGUUUGUGAUACUCAUAAAUGCUAGUGGCCUUGGGGGUGCAGUUGCAGCAGCCUCAUCAACCAUAUUUUGUUUGUCAGUAAAACCCAUUCUCCAUUUUCCUUAGCUCCCAAAAUCAAUCUCUAGCUCUAAAUUAUUAGCCCAAAAGUCCCAUGAAACCACUCAACACCUUUGAAACCACUUGGUUUUAGAUUCUGUGUAUAUGCAUGCUGCUGGAUUCUGUUUUUUUAUGUAGCUACUACGUCAACUUGUGUUGGUUAAAAGAGGAGAUAGUUCUUGACUUGUUGUUGGGAUUAUAAGCAAGAAAUACUAGAGUCUUUCAUUCCAUUGGCACUCAGUUUCAAAUGGGUAUUUGCUUGAGUUCAAGAAUCAAAGCUGAGAGCCCAUAUCACACAGGGGUAAAUUCAAGAAGUGCUAGCUCAGAUGGAAAUGGACUCAGCAAUUCAAUCAGCAAGCUCGCAUCUUUAGCAACUCCAGCGACACCUAGGAGCGAGGAUGAAAUUUUACAAUCUUCUAAUUUGAAGAGCUUCAGCUUGGCAGAUCUGAAAACUGCCACCAGGAACUUCCGGCCUGAUAGUGUGCUCGGAGAAGGGGGCUUUGGCGCAGUUUUUAAGGGUUGGAUUGAUGAGCAGUCUUUUUUGGCUGCCAAACCUGGGACCGGCUUGGUUAUUGCAGUAAAGAGGCUUAAUCAAGAAAGCUUUCAAGGGCACAAGGAGUGGCUGGCAGAAGUGAAUUAUUUGGGGCAGCUCUAUCAUCCUCACCUUGUAAAACUGAUUGGAUAUUGCUUGGAGGAUGAGCACCGUCUUUUGGUCUAUGAAUUCAUGCCCCGAGGCAGCUUAGAAAAUCAUUUGUUCAGGAGAGGAUCUUAUUUUCAACCUCUAUCUUGGAACCUCCGUAUGAAGGUUGCUUUAGGAGCUGCAAAAGGGCUUGCUUUUCUUCACAGUGCACAAACAAAAGUGAUUUAUCGGGACUUCAAAACUGCUAACAUAUUACUCGACUCAGACUACAAUGCAAAACUUUCCGACUUUGGACUGGCCAAGGAUGGGCCAACAGGUGAUAAAAGCCAUGUCUCUACCAGGGUCAUGGGCACUUACGGAUAUGCAGCCCCCGAAUAUCUGGUCACUGGUCAUUUGACUGCUAGAAGCGAUGUGUACAGUUUUGGUGUGGUUCUUCUCGAGGUGAUAUCUGGCCGGAAAGCUAUUGACAAGAAUAGGCCAUCAGGAGACCACAAUCUGGUGGAAUGGGCCAAGCCUUACCUUGGCAACAAACGUAAAAUCUUCCGCAUUGUCGACAGUCGUCUUCAGGGACAAUACUCUUUGGAUGUAGCUCACAAGGCUGCUAACCUCGCACUGCGAUGCAUAUCGACAGAACCAAAGUUUAGGCCACGCAUGGAUGAAGUGGUUAAAGAAUUAGAGCAUCUUCAGGAUUCUAAGGAAGCAGGAAACACUCAAAGAAAUCCGAACACUCAGCCAAGGCAUCGCAGACGAAGUGCUGGUGAUGCUACAGAUGCAAAAACUGUUGCAUAUCCACGGCCAUCAGCUUCACCCCUUUAUACCAAGUAAAUUACACUACUUAGUUAACAUUUUGUUCUCCAGAUUGAAAAUAUUGUAGUUGACUUUGCAAUUUUUUCCACAUAUCGGAAGUUUACCUGUAAAUGUUUCACUUAUAGUUUCAUUGACAGUUCCGCCUUUGCUUUUUGGCGUGCUACAGUGGCCAACCGGUCGGUUCGAGCCGGGCCGAGCCGGGGUUGGUCACGAAUCGAAUGUAUAAUUAAAAUAGUCA